AUGUCGUCUGAAAAGAAGCAAAUCUCUUUCGAGGAGUACCUCGGUUGCACUGAGGCCGCCUUCGAGUGGGCAGACAGCUAUGACUCCAAGGACUGGGACCGUCUUCGGAAGUGCAUUGCACCCACACUGCGCAUCGACUAUCGCUCAUUUCUUAACAAGCUCUGGGAGGCGAUGCCCGCGGAAGAAUUCAUCCAGAUGAUCUCGAGCCCGACCGUUCUAGGCAACCCUCUCCUCCGCACGCAGCACUUCAUUGGCGGUGCCAGCAAGUGGGAGAAGGUAUCGGACACGGAGAUCAUCGGGUACCACCAGCUGCGUGUGCCGCACCAGGUGUACACGGACUCGAGCCUGUCGCAAGUCAAAGUGAAGGGGCAUGCGCAUAGUCACAAUACGCACUACUACCGGAAGGUCGAUGGGGUCUGGAAGUUUGCUGGGCUGUGCCCAGAUAUUAGGUGGUUUGAGUAUGACUUUGAUAAGGUGUUUGAGAGUGGGAGGGAGAGUUUUGGGGAGAAGAACUAG